AUGCGCCUCAACAGCUCCGCGCCGGGCACCCCGGGAGCGCAGGGCGCUCAGCCCUUCCGGCCGCCGCAGACUGGGUUGGAGGAGGCGCUUCUGGCCCCCGGCUUCGUGAAUGGCUCGGGCAACAUGUCAGAACCCAUCCUGGAAGCUCCCAGCAGCGAGCUGGACGUGAACACCGACAUCUACUCCAAGGUGCUGGUGACCGCGGUGUAUCUGGCGCUGUUCAUAGUGGGCACAGUGGGCAACUCGGUGACUGCUUUCACCCUGGCGCGCAAGAAGUCCCUGCAGAGUCUGCAGAGCACCGUGCACUACCACCUCGGCAGCCUGGCGCUGUCUGACCUGCUCAUCCUGCUGCUGGCCAUGCCAGUGGAGCUGUACAACUUCAUUUGGGUGCACCACCCGUGGGCCUUCGGGGAUGCCGUCUGCCGUGGCUACUAUUUCCUGCGGGAUGCCUGCACCUACGCCACAGCCCUCAAUGUGGCCAGCCUGAGCGUGGAGCGCUACCUGGCCAUCUGCCACCCUUUCAAGGCCAAGACCCUCAUGUCCCGCCGCCGCACCAAGAAGUUCAUCAGUGCCAUCUGGCUGGCCUCGGGGCUGCUGGCCGUGCCCAUGCUGUUCACCAUGGGCCAGCAGAACCGCAGCGCUGACGGCCAGCACCCCGGGGGGCUGGUGUGCACACCCACAGUAGACACGGCCAGCGUCAAGGUCGUCAUCCAGGUCAACACCUUCACCUCCUUCGUGUUCCCCAUGGUGGUCAUCUCUGUCCUGAACACCGUCAUUGCUAACAAGCUGACCAUCAUGGUGCGCCAGGCCGCGGAGCAGGGGACACAGCCCGGCACGUUCAGCAUGUCCAUCGAGCCCGGCAGGAUCCAGGCCCUGCGCCAUGGCGUCCGCGUCCUCCGUGCUGUGGUCAUUGCCUUCGUGGUCUGCUGGCUGCCCUACCAUGUGCGCCGCCUCAUGUUCUGCUACAUCGCAGAUGAGCAGUGGACCCCGUUCCUCUACGACUUCUACCACUACUUCUACAUGCUGACCAACACACUCUUCUAUGUCAGCUCUGCCAUCAACCCCAUCCUGUACAACCUCGUCUCUGCCAACUUCCGCCAGAUCUUCCUGUCCACCCUGGCCUGCCUCUGUCCUACGUGGCGACGCAGGAGGAAGAGGCCGGCGUUUUCCCGGAAGACCAACAGCGUGUCCAGCAACCACGGCUUCUCCAGCAGUGCCACCCGGGAGACGCUGUACUAG